AUGACGUCGCUUCCAUCAUCUAUUGCAUUUGAUCUUAUAGAUAAAAUGUGGGAAAAAUCAAAACAACAACCAUUAGUUCCUAUUGGAUCAAUUUUAACAGCAGGAGCAGUAAUAUUAGCAGCAAGAUCAAUGAAACGAGGUGAAAAACUAAAAACUCAAAAAUAUUUUAGAUAUAGAAUUGGAUUUCAAAUGGCUACUUUAAUUGCAUUGGUUGUAGGGGGUAUGACUUUGGGUACAACUGCUAGUACAAUGGAACAAAAAAAGACUAAGGAAGAAAAAUUAAGGGAAAAAGCUAAACAAAGAGAGAAAUUAUGGAUUGAAGAAUUGGAGAGAAGAGAUGCUGUAAUACAAGCUAGAAAACAAAGAGUUGAAGAAUCAAGAAAAGAGUUGAGAGAUUUAGCUAAACAGGGAUUUGAUGAAGAGAAAGAUAAAUUGGUUGAAAAAUCUAAAUUUGCAAAUCAGAAGAAGGAUAUCUUUAGUACUAGUAAUGAUGAUGAAUAG